UCUAACUGUUUAAGGUUUUUGAGCUAUUCACUGCUCUUCAAUUCCUUUCUCUGUAUCUGGCACUCUGCGGUUCGAUCUUUGCGAAAGCCUGUGAGGUUUAUGAAGUUCUGGGAAGCUUAGGGAUCGAAAUUGGAGAGAUAUCUGUUAUAUUUAUCUGGGUUUUGAUUAUUUUGUUGAAAUUUGAAGUGGGUGUUUCAAAUUAUGGAUGGUAACAAGGAUGAAGCAUUGAGAUGUAUUUGUAUUGCUGAAGAAGCCAUUGCUUUGGGUAACAAGGAGCGUGCUUUGAAGUUUAUUGGAAUUGCACAGCGUCUUAAUCAUAAUUUAUCUGUUGAUGCACUUUUGGAUGCUUGUGAGAAGCUUGAUUCGGGACCCUCGGCGUCUUCUGUUGGUGAAAAGUGUGUUGCUGGUGGUAUGAAUAAGGGUGUUCAAUCGGACUUUGUUGAGAGCUGCAAUGGGGAGCGGAGCUAUACCGAGGAACAUGUUCAGUUGAUUAGGCAUAUUAAGAGAAACAAUGAUUAUUACACAAUUCUUGGUGUGGAGAAGACGACUACAGUUGAGGAUAUUAGGAAAGCUUAUAGGAAAUUGUCAUUGAAAGUUCAUCCGGAUAAGAAUAAGGCUCCUGGUUCUGAGGAAGCCUUUAAGAAAGUGUGCAAGGCUUUCAAAUGCUUAAGUGACGAUGAUUCAAGGAGGCAGUAUGAUCAGAUAGGUUUGGUUGAUGAAUUUGAGCACAAUCAGAGGAGCAAUAUUAGGCGGAGGAGAAGGAGAUAUGAGCAUGAGUUCUUUGAUGAUGAUUUUGAUAAUGAGAUAUACAGGUCAUUUUUUGGUCAGGAAAAUCUGUUUAGAACACCUCGUGCUUACAGGAGUAGAACAAGCAGCAAUCAAAGAGAGGAGUCUCAUGGAGGAGGACCUAGUCUUCUCAUUCUUCUUCAAAUGGUGCCUUUUCUGUUGAUUUUGUUGCUAGCUUAUAUGCCAUUUUCAGAGCCCAACUAUUCAUUGCAUAAGACUCACUAUUAUCAGUUUCCAAAGACAACUGAGAAACAUGGAGUGGAAUUUUAUGUAAAAUCAUCCGCAUUUGAUGAGAACUUUCCGCUUGGCAGCCCUGCACGAGCUAAUGUUGAGGACCAUGUGAUCAAGGACUACAAAUAUAUGCUUUGGCGCUACUGUCAGAUAGAACUCCAGAGGCGACACUGGAGUAAGACUAUGCCAACCCCACACUGCAAUAAAUUACAAAGUAUUGGAGCUGCAUGAAGUUGACAUCGGCUGGCUAAGAACUUGGGUUAUCUAUCACAAGAUGCGAUAUUUGAUGGGAAGCUGCUAGAUGAUUCAAAGUCGCAGGAUUGAGUUCUAAAGCUGUGACCCAGCGAUUUUUCUUAUUACCAUAACAGCAUUUCGCUAAGAUGGUUCCAGGUUGCUAGACCAACUUUCACCAUAUGCAUUAGCCCUUAACAGCGUUUUUGACGCCUAAUGUAAAUAAGGUCUCAAUGCUUAUCUUAUAGUAAUAUGCUUUAAAAUUGUGAAUGUGGCGUUUGCACUCUGCUCCCACCAGCACGAUUUGCUCAACUACCGUAAUAAUAGUCAGGGUACUGGUUUUCUCAAUUGUUACUUUCGUCGUUGUUUCGUACGAUUUCUACAAAUUAUACUGCAAAUAUGAAAUUGUGAUGACAGCCCAUUUGUUAUGAUAUGGAAGUCACAUGAUGGAACUUGUAAAAGUAAGCCCAAACUUGAGGAUCUAUGGAUGUCAUUUUACCAUU